GAGCCUCAGUCACUGGAGAGGGAGAGGGAGCGGGAGCGAGAAGACAAAGCCGGCCAAGCCCCCGCUGCUGCCUUUCUCUCCAGCCCAGAGCAGGGACCGGAGCCUGGGGUCCUCCCUCCAUCUUCGGAACACACUAGUAAUUCACUGAUAACAGGACGUCAUGAGGGACCCUGUGAGCAGCCAGUACAGCUCCUUUCUUUUCUGGAGGAUGCCCAUUCCCGAACUGGAUCUGUCGGAGCUGGAAAGCCUGGGUCUGUCAGACACAUCCAUCUACAAGGUCAAGGACAGCAGCGCUGGCAAAAUGACCGGGCAAGCCACGGAAACAGAGCAGGAGAAACACCCCGAGGGCGACGCCCUCCUUCAGUACAGCACCUUCAACUUCUGGAGGGCCCCCAUCGCCAGCAUCCACGCCUUCGACCUGGACUUGCUCUAAGCCCGAGCCUUCUCUCCCACCACGCCUGCAUUGUCCAUCCCUUCCCCUAUUAAUCUUGCUUUCUUCCCUCUAUUGUGUUGCGGUGGUGCUGAUGAAUUUGCCAGAGUUGUGUCUUACUUAUUUAUUUGUUUAUUUAUUUAUUUAUUUAUUUAUUUAAUGGAUGUUUCUCUCAAAAGCCCUCAAGUCACAAAGUAAAGGGUUCAAGCAAUGAAGUAGUUACUACCCCCCCCCUCCCCCGUCCAUAUUAAUUCCAGAAAACAGGCCUGAUGGGGGCACCAGAGAGUAGUAUCGUAGUGUAAAAUGGAAGGGCUGAUUUUCUGACCUCAUUUGAGAUUGUUCCCAUUUUCCUAAUUUCUUGCUCUACGCCAGCACACACAAAUAUUUCUUCAAGGGUUGAAGAGUAAAUUUUGAGAUUAUCUGCUACAAGACAGUAGGAUUUCUAAAAGGCUAAGGUGAUAAGACACUUGCUUUUUUGAUUCUGCUCCUUCUUGUAAUAAAUUUUCUCAGAGAAAUUGGGGGUAAAGGUAUAAAACAAGAGGAGUAAUGUAUCUUGGAAAAUGAAAAUAGGGGAAAGCCCUGGAUCGUGUCAGAAACAGCUACACUCUCUCGAAAGGGUGUUUCUCCGUCAAGCCUCCUUGCUUUACUGUUUGGUUCCUAACCGUGGGCUGAAAACUUUUGAAAACUCGAUUUCAAAUCUUAAGAUGCAAUCUUGUUGACUAUCGUGGUACCUGGUAAGGUUUGGAUUCUGUUCCUAAAAGCCCUUGGGUGGGUCCUUAGCUUAGGCUUGCCCUCCUGCGUCUGCGAUGUGUGUUGAUCAAGGGGCCUCAGCUACCUUAGGACCACGAAGCCAACAACCACAUUCUGACCCCACAGCCUGUUCCCACUCCUCCCAACGUUCCUGCUGCUGGUUGUGCUGCAUUUACUCAUUUCUUUAAUAAAGACAUUCAACCC